AUGUACAAGGCAGGACACGUAUCUACGCUCGAGGUUCUUGCCCAGACGAUCAAACCUGAACUGGCACAUGAGAAAGAGUGCCAUGUUGGCAUGCAUCCGAGAGACUCGGUAGACUCUAGUGUGAGAAAAUUCCCAGGUAAUGGUAGCUCCUUCGGAUGCUACUUUGCUCCAAUUAGUGGGAUUCGAAAUAUCAAUGUAUUUGGCGACUCCGAGGAGUCGGCCUCAGAUCUUGAUGAUGAUACCUCCGACCUGCCGUUCCCUGAGCCUCUCACUCGAUCAUCUUUCCUUGCCCCCGACUUUAACCCCGCAGACUACCUCUCGUCCUUGACCAAUCGGCACCAAAGCCUCGAAGACCUCCGACAAGAACUGCGGAAUCUAGACCAAGCGCUCAGUCGGGAGUUGCUAGAUCUAGUCAAUGAGAACUAUGGCGAUUUUUUAUCUCUUGGCAGUGCAUUGCAGGGGGGCGAAGAGAAGGUCGAGCAGGUUCGGGUUGGGCUGUUGUCAUUUCAGCGGGAGGUUCAAGCUAUACGGGACAAGGUGGAAGCGAGGCAAAGCGACAUGGAAAGGCUCUUGAACGAAAAGAGGAGGCUGACCGGGCAUGCAAACAUCGCUCGGGCUCUGUUAGACUUCGCAGAGCGCGUUGAGGAUCUGGAGAAACGAUUGAUGAUUGGCGAUGCACCGACUCAGCACCUACGCGAAUCGGCCGAGGGAUUCGACACGGACUCGGACCUGCUGGACAGCGAGAGUGAGGAAAGUGACGAAGUAGACCUGCCCACCGGCUCAUCUGGAGCGCCGCUGGUAUCUCUACGAAGACUGGAAAAUCACAUACAGAAAUACGUCUACCUCACCCGACUAGCUUCGCGGAUUGGCAAUGAUCAUCCAUUCAUACUUAACCAACGACCGCGAUUAGCGAAGAUCAGGGCCACGGUGCUCGUGGACCUGAAGACAGCACUUGAGCAAGGCAGUCAUGCUGGGGCGAAGCGGGAUACGAAAACGAUGGCCGUAUUGCGACUCUACAAACUAAUGGGCGAGGAUACCAGUGCAGUAACCGCAUUGAAGAACCUGAAGAUGUAAGCUUCACCCUUGUGCAUUGCGCGAGCUUCAUUUUGCAUAGCAGAGGCGUUCAGGAUCAGGCUUGAGCUUCUAGAAAUAUAUGUUCUCAGAAAACACCAUUAUGCACCGUGCUGUUCCCAAAGAAUAACAUGAUCUGUACAAUAUACACCCAAGAAAAU